ACCCUGGGGGAGGCGGGGGAAGAAUGCCCUGGUGCCCAGGGUUUUACCUUGGCUGGUAGGUCGGGCUGGGUAGGACAGGCCUGGGGGAGGGGCCCGACAGACCUCCGUUGGAAGCAGCCACUUCUGGUCCCCAUCCCGAGCAGCAGGGUCUGGUGUCCCAUGGAGACCCCAAGCUCGCUUCCCAGUGCACAGCUUCUCCUCUGCCUAUUUUCUCUGCUCCCACUGCUUCAGGUGGCCCAACCAGGCCAGGCACCCCAGGACCAGCCCCUGUGGACACUAUUGGAGCAGCACUGCCACAGGACCACAACUCGCAAUUUUUCAGGUUCCUACUCCUACUGCAACACGACCUUGGACCAGAUUGGGACCUGCUGGCCCCAGAGCGCGCCCGGAGCCCUAGUAGAGAGACCUUGCCCGGAAUACUUCAAUGGCAUCAAGUACAACACGACCCGGAAUGCCUACCGAGAAUGCCUGGAGAAUGGGACCUGGGCCUCGAGGGUCAACUACUCACACUGUGAGCCCAUUUUGGAUGACAAGCAGAGGAAGUAUGACCUUCAUUACCGAAUCGCCCUCAUUGUCAACUACCUGGGCCACUGUGUUUCCGUGGUGGCCCUGGUGGCCGCCUUCCUGCUUUUCCUAGUCCUACGGAGUAUCCGCUGCCUGCGGAAUGUGAUCCACUGGAACCUCAUCACCACCUUCAUCCUGAGAAACAUCACGUGGUUCCUGCUGCAGCUCAUCGACCACGAAGUGCACGAGGGCAAUGAGGUCUGGUGCCGCUGCAUCACCACCAUCUUCAACUACUUUGUGGUCACCAACUUCUUCUGGAUGUUCGUGGAGGGCUGCUACCUGCACACGGCCGUUGUUAUGACGUACUCCACGGAGCGCCUGCGCAAGUGGCUCUUCCUCUUCAUUGGAUGGUGCAUACCCUGCCCUAUCAUCGUCGCCUGGGCAGUUGGCAAACUCCACUAUGAGAAUGAACAGUGCUGGUUUGGCAAGGAACCUGGUGACCUAGUGGACUACAUCUACCAGGGCCCUAUCAUCCUCGUGCUCUUGAUCAAUUUUGUGUUUCUGUUCAACAUUGUCAGGAUCCUGAUGACAAAAUUACGAGCAUCUACCACAUCCGAGACAAUCCAGUACAGGAAGGCAGUGAAGGCCACCCUGGUCCUCCUCCCCCUGUUGGGCAUCACCUACAUGCUCUUCUUUGUCAAUCCUGGAGAGGACGACCUGUCACAGAUUGUGUUCAUCUACUUCAACUCUUUCCUGCAGUCCUUCCAGGGUUUCUUUGUGUCUGUUUUCUACUGCUUCUUCAAUGGAGAGGUGCGCUCAGCCCUGAGAAAGCGGUGGCACCGCUGGCAGGACCACCACGCCCUCCGGGUGCCUGUGGCCCGGGCCAUGUCCAUCCCCACGUCACCCACCAGGAUCAGCUUCCACAGCAUCAAGCAGACAGCUGCCGUGUGAUCCUCUGUCACCCAUCUGCCCAGCACUCCACCACUGAGGCAGUGUCCCCAUCCUUUACAGUCUUCCCCUGGGUCCUCCUUGCUACACUGACCCUUGAGGUGCAGAAGGAAGGGCAUGAACUCUCCUGCCUGGAAGGAAAGGAAAUCUUUGAAAUGGCAGCUCUGAAGGACCAGGACCCAGUGCAGCCACACAUCUCCAAGCAAGAGGGAGCAGAGGGACAUCACGGGACCCUCAGAAGGGGUGCAUCUCACACCAUCAAGCCUCUGUGCACCAGCCUCUUUUGUGGGAUCCUCACUGCAGCACCUUUUACAUCUGAAGAAACUGGGUCCCAGAGCAGGCAAGGGACCUGGCCAAGUCACCCAGCUACUUGCCCCACCCACAGCACCCACAGUUGGCUCUGCUCCUUGUUUUCCAUCUCCACACAUAGGGGUCGCUCUCUAAGGGUGAGAGAGACAAGAAUGAACUUAUCUGGCUUCCUCCCAGAGACCGUCUAGCAGAGAAGACUCCCUCUUCUGUACCAGCCCUUCACCAAGCUACCCCUCUUCUCCCCAGUCCUCCUGCCCAUGUGUCUCCAGGAGAAAUGCUGGCUUCCAGUCUGCCAUCCCUCCUGGGAGACACCCAUUCAGUCUGGGCUCAGUCUGAGGACCUAGAUCAUGGGAAGUGAGAUAGAUGGACGGUCACACUCUCAGGCCAAUCAUCUACACAGUGCCAGAUGGAAGGAGAACAGAAGUGCCAGACAAAGAAGGGUAAGGAUCCCCCAGAUCAGAGUAUGUCUGGGAGUGAUUGAAACAAGGACCUUGGUGACAUCAGUCAGGCAUCUGUGGAGGUGGCCACCUUCAAUUCAAGCAACUAGAUAUUGGAGAGAUAAUGUGAGCCAGUGAUAAAGGCAGAAUGUCUUCAGGACAUAGCCAUGUCCCUCUUAUGUCCUGGGCCCAAGCAGGCCUUCCUGUAGCCUGUGGUAAGCCUGGAGUCUUUAGGUUCAAAGGGCCUGAAUUAUCCUUGUCACCCCAGAGGGUGGCAUCUGCUCCAUCCCCAGUGUAGAGUCUGCCUGUGCCAGGGACUAAUAUUCUAGAACCAGGAGGGAGAUGAGGCAAGACCCUCAGUCUCCGAAAGCAAGAAGAAACAGGGCUAGAUUCAGGCUCCACUUCCAUUCACCUGUCCCUGGAGCAGAUGGGGGCUGGGAGGAGCCGACAGACUUGAAAAGGCCCCUUGUCUAGGUACCCCACAAAAAUAAACUUUGAAAACGU